AAAGGGAGCGCAGAGAGAGCGAAAUUGAGAGAGCAAGCUUCCUGAUGAUGAAGAAAAAUAUCCCAACCACACAGCAGAGCGUGGAACAUUAACAGUCAAGUGGACGUCAAACUGGGCUGAAGUACGAAGACACAACGCCAAGGAAAUUAUUGAUUUUGUAAAGUGAAAAAAAGUAUCUCUGGGCUGAAUGAUUUUUGUGUGUGGCAAUGUUGUGUGCGAUUUGCAAGUGAAAAUUCAGAAAGUGAACAACUAAUUGCAGUUAGCAAACGUAGACGUAGGCGUAGCUGUAGCUCCACAAAUAGGCGUGGCAGCUGUGCUGGGCCAUCGAAAUGGCCGACAGCGAAUUUGAGGAAUUCCAUAGGCCCAUAUUUGAGCCACAUGCAGUCAGCAGCAGCCCAUUUGGCAAAAAGAAAAACACACAUGCAUUUUACUCUCUCAUACCCAACGAUGACCUGGAUGAUUCGCACUCCUCGAAAAGCGAUGGCUCCGAUCAGGAGGAGGAGGCGAAACUGCAGCGUCAAGUCGAGGACGAUGAGCUCGGCGAUGGCCUAAAGGUGACACUCUCCUCGGAUGGUUCGCUCGAUACGAAUGAUUCAUUCAAUUCGCAUCGCCAUCAUCCGCUGAAUCAUCAGGAUGCCAUUGGCGGCUUCAUUGGCAUCAAUGGCAUGACAACUGGCCCCGGACCCGUGACCAUUGGCGCCACCACAGAGCUGUUGACACCCACAGCUGCAGCGGCCACACGACGUCGUCGCAAGCUGCCCGAGAUACCCAAAAAUAAGAAAUCUUCCAUUCUACACAUUCUAGGUGCCGCUGGACAAACGCCCUGCACGCUGGCGGAUGAGUUUCGCAUUGGCGGCGCCACAGCAACUGGAGGAGCUCCGCCACGCUCCAAUCAGCAGCGUUCGUUCUUGUCGCUCAAGUGUGGCUAUCUGCUGGAUGAGGACUCCAGUCCGGAUUCGGAGCGUUUGCAGAGCCUGGGCGAUGUGGACAGCGGCCACAGCACCGCGCAUUCGCCCAACGAUUUCAAGAGCAUGUCGCCACAGAUCACAUCCCCGGUGUCGCAAUCUCCAUUCCCGCCACCGUUUGGUGGUGUACCCUUCGGGCAGCUGGAGAUGCUGGAGGCCACACAUCGGGGACUGCACAAGUUUGUGCCCAGGCAUCACGAUGAAAUUGAGCUAGAGAUUGGCGAUGCCAUCUAUGUGCAAAAGGAGGCCGAGGAUUUGUGGUGCGAGGGCGUCAAUUUGCGCACCGGACGUCAGGGGAUCUUUCCAUCGGCCUAUGCCGUUGAUUUGGAUUACAAUGAGUUUGAUCCGACGGUGCAGCUGGUGAAGAAGGAGCGCUAUCUGCUCGGUUAUCUGGGUUCCGUGGAGACGCUGGCACACAAGGGCACCGGCGUCGUCUGUCAAGCGGUGCGCAAAAUUGUGGGUGAAUAUGGGAAUUCGCCAACGGGACAAACGUGCAUUUUGGAGGUAUCCGAUCAAGGAUUGCGCAUGGUCGAUCGCUCGGCACCAAAUAACAAAAAGGAGAAGAAACCCUGCAUCGAUUACUUCUACUCGCUGAAGAAUGUCUCGUUUUGCGCUUUUCAUCCACGGGAUCAUCGCUUCAUUGGCUUCAUCACCAAGCAUCCGACAGUGCAGCGUUUCGCCUGUCACGUCUUCAAGGGCUCUGAGUCGACACGACCCGUUGCCGAGGCUGUGGGACGCGCCUUUCAACGAUUCUAUCAGAAAUUUAUUGAGACCGCUUAUCCCAUCGAGGACAUCUACAUUGAGUAGAAACAAAACAAAAAGAAAGUUUAAUGCUUUAAAAUUAAAAGAAAAACAAAAAGCAAACAACCACACAUUAUUACAAUACAAUAUGAUAUAUAUUUUUUGUGUGAUUAUUAAUAAAAAAAAGAGAAUCUCCACAAAUGUUUGGUCUUCGUCAACAAAAGCAAAAAACAACAAAUGAAAAAUCUAAGCUCACAUACAAAAACAAAAACACAAAGUCUAACUAAUACAAUAAUUUUCCAAGUGAAAUUCCAAAAAAAUUUGCAAUCUUUAAGCAUGUAAAUAGUUCAUUUCGGUUCGUAAAGCAGCACACAGAACACACAGCGAUUAGACAAUUUAAGUGUAAUUUAUAGAAAUGCGCUAUAAUCCCAAAAUUAAAAACACACACAGAAAACAAUACACAAUGUGACUUUAAAUAGCAAUUUCCGAUAAACAAAAAAAACAAUACAUUUACUAUAUAAACAAAUAUAUGCACAAACCAGAUGAUUAUCUAUCGGAAGAACUAGAAACUAAUAUCAAUCAGUUGUACCACACAAGCUAUAUACACAAUAUCUUCGCGACUUUUUGUGCGGCCAAAUAUAUACGUAUCCAACGAUCCAACAAAUUAGUCAAGAUCUUUCAUCUGGUUGUAGAAUCUUUUUAGUUAUCGAAAUGUAAGGCUCAAUACCUUCAAUUCCACACGCAAAUAUUCUAGUAUUACUUACUUAUUAUUGAAAAAAGAAAAGCCCAAUUCUAAGAUGUGUAAAACAAAUCUAUAUAUAUAUAUGAAGACGAAAAUAUAUGUAAACAAAAAUAUAUAUAUUACUAUAUAUA